AUUAGACUGCUUAGAAAAAGGAAAGGAAAAAUGAAAAUUUUAUGAUAGAAAAGAAAAAAAGGAUUUGGGAUAGCAGUCUUGGUCUUUGUCUUUAUCAACUCUCGUCUGUUUCACAACUGAAACUGUACAGACUGUAUAGUACAGGUGGUCUGGCUCUUAUUGCAGCUCUCUCUCUCUCUCUCUCUCUCUCUGUGUGUUGCUCUUCUCCAUUCGUAGGCUUUUGCUUGGUUGCUUUGUCUUCAGUUUCUGCUUCAAACAUUGGUCACAAGCGACCGACUUUGAUGGGGCUUUGGUACUUGUGAUUAUGUCCCUUUAUGCGCUUCAGGUCAGCUAUAUUGAAAAUUUAUUUCAUUCAUCUUGAGAAGAUAAGGCACCAAAGGAGAACCUGUGGCAACUCUGAUCAUGUCUACUAAUUCACCAGUUCCAUCGACUGAACAGAAAGAAAAGCAGGGUGCUCUCGCUGUGGCUGGUAACUUAGAAAAACAGUUGUGGGCAUUGAUUUACACCAAAAGUCUAUUGCACUCUGAUGUUCAAGACCUGUAUCGAAAAGUCCGUUCUAGUUAUGAGAAAAUCAUUCUAAAUGAUCAUGAACAUGUGGAAGUUCAAGAUGUUGAAUAUUCUUUGUGGAAACUACACUAUAAGCAUAUUGAUGAGUUUCGUAAGAUAAUAAAGAAAUGUUCUGCUGAUGGAGAGAGCAAAAACUUGGUGACACAAAAUGCCAGUAGUGUGCAGAUAAUUGAUGAAAAACAUAUAGCUGGAUUCAAGUCAUUUCUUUCUCAAGCAACUGAGUUUUACAAAAAUUUGAUAUUGAAAACCAGAAAAUGUUAUAGCCUUCCCGAAGACUCUUACAAAAAAGGUGCCAUGUCUACUUCGGUCAAACCAAAGAAGAUGCAGAAAUGCCAAAUUUUAUGCCAUCGAUUUUUAGUUUGUCUAGGGGAUCUUGCUAGAUACCAAGAACAAUAUGAAAAAUCUGAUGUUCAAGAACGUAACUGGUCAGUUGCAGCUUCCCACUACCUGGAAGCAACAAUGAUUUGGCCAGAUAGUGGAAACCCCCAUAAUCAGUUGGCGGUAUUGGCUACAUAUGUUGGUGAUGAGUUCCUUGCUUUGUACCACUGUGUAAGGAGUUUAGCUGUUAAAGAACCUUUCCCUGAUGCCUGGGAUAACCUAAUUUUACUCAUGGAGACGAACAGGUCAUCUCAUUUGAAUUCCCUUUGUGGAGAGGCCUACUUUGAUUUCUUAAAACCUUCUGAAACAAGCAACUUCCAGACGAAAUCACAAUCAAAUGCUGAUUUCUCAAAUUGCAAUAUGUUGAAAGCUGAACACGGUCGCUCUGUGGAAACAGAAUUAUGGUCUCUUCUUGUCAGAACUAUGAGUUUCUUUUUCCUAAAAUCCAGUUUUGAGGAAUUACCUUGUGCCUUUGCAUCUGCUAUGAGAGAGUUGGAUGUUUUAAUGGCACUAGAUGAUACAAAACUAAAGGCUGCAUUGGAAUCUUACCGGUGUUUGGAUUCAGCUAGAACAGGCCCUUUUCGAGCCCUGCAAGUUGCUUCUAUACUCGUCUUUAUUAUAGAGAACCUAAUUCAUGGUCCACAAGUUAAAAGGUCAAAAGAUAAAAAUGAUAUGGAACACAUUGUCCGGACACAAUUUGCAAUUGCAGCAGCUUUAGUUUUCAUGGGACGCCUUGUUGAUAGAUGUCUGAAGGCUACCCAAUUGUAUCUUUGCCCUCUUUUACCAGCUGUGCUUGUAUUUGUGGAGUGGCUGCUGGGCAUGCUUGAUGAAGUAAAAGUGUAUGGGGUUGAUGAAAAAAGUAGAAGCGCCAUGGGUUACUUUUUUGGUGUGUUUAUUGAACUUCUAAAGCAGUUCAAUGUUAAACCUGGCGAAGCCAUGUCUCCGGAUGGUACUCCUCUGUGGGAAGACUAUGAAUUGAGAGGCUUUGCAACAGUUGCACGUGCACAUAUGUCAUUGUACUUUUCAACUCCUUGGGAACACAUAGACAGCUUUGAAAGUGGAGCUGAAUUCCGUGCUCGCCGCAUCACUAGUGCUGCAAUGAAGAUUGCAGAGAGAUCAAAUGAUUCUGGUAAGUGGAUUCUGUAUGAUAAAUUAGGAAGAAAAUUCUACAGUGGAGAGUCAAGUGAAUUUCCAGAGAGAAAAGAAUCGGAAAAAGUAGAGUCCCCCAGUACUGAUCUUAAAUUCAAAGAGCCCAACCAGCAUGUUUACAUAGCCACAAAAGAAUGUGGGGAACAGAUCCUGAAGGUAAGUUCAAGUAACCCCUGUGUGAAUGGUAAAUCUGUUGUCAUUGAUGAAGAAGAAGUCAUUCUUUUCAAACCUCUCUCGAGAUAUAACUCAGUGCCACUUUACACUUCCGUUGACAUGAACAAUCAAAUGUCUCCAAAAGGUUCUGGGGGUAAAAAUGUAUCUUCUGAUGAAUGCUUGCCCCGAGCUAUGUCACUACUUAUUGAGCAAACCAAGGCUGAGAAUGAUCCUUUGGCUUUCUAUGCUGACAUCUAUAGUUCCCGGUGCAAGAAGUCAUUCGAGCAUCAGGAGCCUCACGUGAAGGAUACUUCAGCACAUCCAUUGUUAGGAAUCCCAAUCUCUGCUGGGCCUCCCUCACUAAGUGCUUGGGUCCUCAAUAGGGGAAGUUUGAGCAAUGAUAGAGAGAAGACAGGUAAUAUUAGCAAACACGGCUUGAAGCCUAUCGAAGAAAUGGCUUCUACAACCUUGGCUGGUCUCUCCAUAGGCGAAAAUGAGAGUUCUGUGAAUGGUUCUGAGCCCAAAUCUACAUUCAUCAAUUUCUCAUCUCCUACAUACUUACCUCCAGUGCCUUCUGCUCCUUUAUUGCCUGAUGAUGCCGUUUGGUUUAGUGGCAUUCAAUCUAACUUUGCUGACUGCAGAACCUCUGCAGGCUGGAGCAAAGCAAAUGAUUAUGAUGGUGCAUUGCAGGUAUCAAGCACUUCAAGUUGGGUUGCUACUCAUGAGCCUCGUGGUUUCAUGGAUAAUUACCUACCAACACGUCGAAUGACUUCUUCUGAAUGGCUUCGCCAGUACAGAGAAAAACACAAUAUUGAGCAAGCCAAUAUAUUUCCGGUUCAGCAUCAUGUUCAGGAGAACGCUUCUAAGUUUGAUGUAUUUGAUCGGUGGGGAAAUUCUACGUCUUAUAACCCAGGUUUAUACAUGGAGAGCCCACAAAUGCCUCCGGCUCUUCCUCUUGUUUAUGGUGCAGAUGAACUCAAAAGGGAGAAGCUCUUACCUGGUUACCAAAGACCUAGCCCCUUGGGGUGUGGUGCUGUGACAGACCUCAGAAUUGAGCCACAUCCACUUUUGCAGUAUCUCAAAGAGAGAGAAUGGCGACUCCAGCAAGAUCCUUCCCUGGGAGGCCCUACAUAUAUGGGAAAUUAAAAAGUUCUCAAUUUGAAACAUUUCUCUGAUACAGCAUGUAGAGCUUAGCCCCUUUGGAUUUCUGAGAUGUCCGAAGUUUACUUGUAUGCAUGCAUAUGUAUGCAUCCCUAGAUGUUUUAGUAUGCCCUUGAAAGGAAAGGAGAGGGGGUUUAAAGAAAGAAUGAAAAGCUUCAAAGGUUUUUGUUGUCCUCAUAUAACGGUCCAGCACCAAGCCUAGGUCAAGUCCGCGUACUAUUUAUUUAUAUGUUGAGGUUAAUAUGUACUUAAGAUUUAACGAGUAAUUUUAAAUAGGUUACAUGCUCAA